GCUGCGGGGGGCGCGGGCGAGGAUGGCGGCGGAGAACCCGGUCAGCCAGGAGAGCGCCCUGGGCGCCUACUCGCCCGUGGACUACAUGAGCAUCACCAGCUUCCCGCGGCUGCCGGAGGACGAGCCGGCGCCCGCCGCCCCGCUGAGGGGCCGCAAGGACGAGGACGCCUUCUUGGGAGACCCCGACACCGGUGAGACCCGCUGGCCCCGUUCCUGCCCCCUGGGGCGCCCCUGGUCCUCCUUCUCCGCGGCCGCGGCCGAGUGCUCCUGCCGCCAGGACGGGCUCACCGUCAUUGUCACCGCCUGCCUCACCUUUGCAACCGGUGUCACUGUGGCGCUCAUCAUGCAGAUCUAUUUCGGGGACCCUCAGAUCUUCCACCAGGGUGCCGUGGUGACCGAUGCUGCCCGCUGUACGUCGCUGGGCAUCGAGGUGCUCAGUAAACAGGGAUCUUCUGUGGAUGCAGCUGUGGCAGCAGCCCUGUGUUUGGGGAUCGUGGCUCCGCACAGUUCCGGCCUCGGCGGUGGGGGUGUGAUGCUGGUACAUGACAUUCGAAGAAACGAGAGCCACCUAAUUGAUUUCCGGGAGUCUGCACCGGGGGCCCUCAGGGAAGAGGUCCUACAGAGGUCCUGGGAGACCAAGCCUGGGCUCUUGGUGGGGGUUCCCGGAAUGGUGAAGGGGCUACAUGAAGCUCACCAGCUCUAUGGCAGGCUGCCAUGGUACCAAGUCCUGGCCUUCGCAGCAGCUGUGGCCCAAGAUGGCUUCAACGUGACCCACGAUCUAGCACGCGCCCUGGCAGAACAGCCACCCCCCGAUGCGUCCGAGCGCUUCCAUGAGACGUUCCUGCCAUCGGGCCGCCCGCCCCUACCUGGCUCACUGAUGCAUCGGCCUGACCUGGCCACGGUACUGGAUGUGCUCGGCACCUACGGCCCCGCUGCCUUCUAUGCUGGUGGUAACCUCACCCUGGAGAUGGUGGCUGAGGCUCAGCACGCAGGGGGUGUUAUAACUGAGGAGGACUUCAGCAACUACAGUGCCCUUGUGGAGAAACCUGUGUGUGGCGUGUACAGAGGCCACCUGGUUCUCAGUCCCCCACCCCCACACACAGGCCCUGCCCUCAUCAGUGCUCUCAACAUCCUCGAGGGCUUCAAUCUCACCAGCCUGGUAUCCCGGGAACAGGCUCUUCACUGGGUAGCAGAGACCCUGAAGAUUGCAUUAGCCCUAGCCAGCAGACUGGGAGACCCCAUCUAUGAUUCUACCAUCAGUGAGAGCACGGAUGACAUGCUAAGCAAGGUAGAGGCUGCCUACCUCCGGGGCCACAUCAAUGACUCCCAGGCGGCCCCUGCCCCACUCCUGCCUGUUUACGAGCUGGAUGGGGCUCCCACGGCUGCCCAGGUGCUGAUCAUGGGCCCUGACGACUUCAUUGUGGCCAUGGUCAGCUCCCUGAACCGGCCCUUUGGUAGUGGCCUCAUCACCCCCUCGGGGAUCCUGCUCAACAGCCAGAUGCUGGACUUCUCCUGGCCAAACAGGACUGCUAACCACUCUGCGCCCAGCCUGGAGAAUUCGGUACAGCCAGGGAAGCGGCCACUGUCUUUCCUGCUCCCCACUGUGGUCCGGCCGGCAGAGGGGCUCUGUGGGACCUACCUCGCCCUCGGGGCCAAUGGAGCCGCCCGGGGCCUCAGCGGCCUAACCCAGGUUCUGCUGAAUGUCCUGACCUUGAACCGGAACCUGAGUGACAGCCUGGCUCGUGGCCGCCUGCACCCAGACCUUCAGUCCAAUCUUCUGCAGGUGGACAGUGAGUUCACAGAGGAAGAGAUUGAGUUCCUGGAAGCCAGGGGUCACCACGUGGAGAAGGUAGAUGUCUUAUCCUGGGUCCAUGGCAGCCGGAGAACCAACAACUUCAUCAUCGGUGUGAAAGACCCUCGGAGCCCAGAUGCAGCUGGAGCCACCAUCCUGUAGAGCAGCAGGGUGGGGCGGGGGUCUCUGCUCCCCCCCCUUUGCAUGUUCCUAGAGUCCCUCCUUCUCCCAGGUUUGGUCUCAGGAGGACCCCGGGAUACCCCAGAUCAGGGGCCAGAGGGGAUGCUUAGCAAACCCUUCCCCAGAGUAACUGGAAAAUUCUCCAUCCAGAGGCCUGUGGUGGUGGUGGUGGUGAGUGUCAGUGUUCAUAACCAAGCAGACAGGACCUUGAGAAGCCAGGUUAUCUUGUCUGUUUCCUUUCCCUCAGCCAUGCUGGCCUUGAGCUUAGGGAUAUGCUUGCGAACCCUUCUCAAGGGUCCUCACAGCUCCAACAUCUCCAGUCUGGCCUUCCCUGGGCCUUGUCUUCCAGUUCCCUUCUCCUGUCCUCAGCCUCAUUUCUUAAAUGACUAGGAUUUUUUUUAAUGGACCAUCCUGGGGAGGGGGUGUUCCUCUCUUCCUCCCACCAGGUUGAGGCAGGGGCAUUGCAUCUGGGGCCCAGGGUGUGGAAUCCCUGGGGGUGGGGGUGGGGACCAGCUCAGGGGCUUCCAUUUGCAAAGGGGAAUUAAAGAAAGAAUAUUGCUUAA